GUCGGAGACCAGAUCCUGGAGGUGAACGGCAGGAGCUUCCUCAGUAUCCCCCACGACGAGGCUGUGAAGCUGCUUAAGUCUUCCCGCCACCUCAUCAUGACGGUGAAGGACAUCGGGAGGCUGCCUCAUGCCCGCACCACUGUGGAUGAGACAAGGUGGAUAGCAAGCUCCCAGGUCGGGGACACCCUCAUCACCUCAGCAGGGUACGUGCUUGGUGCACCCCGUCCGAUUCCUUGGCAUCUCAAGCCAAAGCCUUUCUCCUGUCUCCCGCAGCCCGUGUUCUAUCGCGGCCUGGCUGGCUCACAGGUGACACUGAGCACCAUGGUGAACCAGACCCGUGUCAUGCUGGAGGAGCAGGCACGGCACCUCCUCAAUGAGCAGGAGCGGGCCACCAUGGGCUACUACCUGGAUGAGUACAAGGAAGGCCACAUCUCCGUGGAUGCUCUGGUCAUGGCGCUCUUUGAACUACUCAACACACAUGCUAAGUUCUCGCUGCUUUCAGAGGUCCGGGGUGUCAUCUCCCCGCAAGAUCUCGACCGCUUCGACAACCUGGUACUGAAGAGGGAGAUUGAGUCCAUGAAGGCACGUCAGCCCUCGGGGCCCACCAUUGCCAGCGACUCCUACUCCAUGAUGUCCUACAGCGACACCGUCUCCUCCUCCAGCAGCCACUUCACUGCCACCACUGUCAGCUCAGCCCGGGAGCGGCUCUUGUGGCUAAUAGACCUGAUGGAGAACACGUCAGAGUUGGAGGGAAGUGGAGAUGGCCACCAAAGCAGUAUCAACACCCUGCCAGAUGUCUCCCUGGAUGAUCUCUCCUCCUUCCCAGAUGAACCACCCAACUUCAAGCCUCCGCCUCCUCCUUCAGCCCCACAGAUGCUGGCCCCCUCCUCUGCCCAGCACAGGACCACAGGGAAGGACAAGCCCAAGCGCCCUUCCUCUGAGUCCUCCCAGUCAGGCCUCUUCUUCGUGGCCCCCCGGCACCCAACACCCUCCCCCAGCCACCCUGAGAAGGACACGGUCAGCAUCACCUCCACAGCCACCACAUCCACGGAGGAGUCAGCCCCAAGCCCCAUCUAUGCCACCAUCUCCCCAGCUCUGCACAGCUCCAGGAGGCAGAUGGAUGCUCAGCUCUCCUUGGUCAGCCAGCAGCCCAUCGGGCCCUUCCCCAGGGUCCAGUCCCCAACCAGGUUGAAUAGCGUAUCCCUGGAGGGUCCUGCAUCUGGUGGGCUUCAGAGCCCCUCUUCCCCAUCGCCGCCUCCUCCUCCAUCCCACCCAGCACCCCCUCCUCCAGACAAGGGCAGCCCUCAGGCUGUGGCCAACCAGCACUUCAUCAUGGUGGAGGUGCACCAGCCCAACAGCGAGCCUGACGUCAAUGAAGUGAGGCCCUUGCCCCAGGCCAGAGCUUCCACGCUGUCGCAGCUCUCGGACAGUGGGCAGACACUGAGCGAGGACAGUGGGGUGGACAUCGGCGAGGUGGAGCUGAGCAGCAGGGACAAGGGCCGGCAGCUGAUCUCUGGGAAAAGCCGAAGCCUCCAGGAGGCCCGGAGCAGCAAUGGGGCGGCAGAAGGAGCCUCCAAGCCGCCGGGGCUGCUGGAGCCCACAUCUUGCCUGAUCCGUGUGUCCAAGAGUGCUCCGACCCUGGGCAUCGCCAUCGAGGGGGGAGCAAACACACGGCAGCCUAAACCUGCCCUGGUGCAGCUUGAGCGCGGGGGCUCAGCACACAACUGUGGGAAGCUGAAGGUGGGCCACGUCAUCCUGGAGGUGAAUGGCACGGGGCUGCGGGGCAAGGAGCACCGGGAAGCUGCCCGGAUCAUCGCCGAGGCCUUUAAGCUGAAGGAAAAGGACUACAUUGAUUUCUUGGUCACAGAAUUCAACGUUGCCCUUUAG